CGAGGAAGAGGAAAAGGAUGCAGAGUGGGACGAGGAGCUGGACGGAGGAGAUGAAGGUGGAGUGAGGAUGACGAGAACCGACACGCUUCACUCCACCACCAGCUCCACUGGAACGCAGAGAAGAAGAGGACAACACGCCAAGAAACAGGUGCAGGGCAGCAACCAGGUCCAGCGGGCCCCCAGAGCGUUGUUCUGUCUGAAGCUCAACAACCCGAUCCGACGCGCCGCACUUCACAUCGUGGAGUGGAAACCGUUCGAUAUCUUCAUCCUGUUAGCCAUCUUUGCUAACUGCGUGGCUCUGGGAGUUUCCAAACCGUUUCCUGAAGAUGACUCCAACUCCACCAACCAUGACCUGGAACAAGUGGAGUACGUCUUCCUCAUAAUCUUCACCAUAGAGACCUUCCUGAAGAUCCUGGCCUACGGUCUGGUGAUGCACCCCAGCUCCUACAUUCGCAACGGCUGGAACCUGCUGGACUUCGUCAUCGUCAUUGUUGGGUUAUUCAGCGUCGUCCUGGAGACGAUGACUCAUAAGUCAAGUGGCGAGCAGGCAACCACUCACCACAUGCCAGGGAAGCCGGGAGGUCUGGACGUCAAAGCUCUGAGAGCCUUCAGGGUGCUGCGACCCCUCAGGCUGGUCUCUGGAGUCCCCAGUCUGCAGAUUGUCUUAAACUCCAUCAUGAAGGCAAUGGUUCCUCUGCUACACAUCGCUCUAUUGGUUCUCUUCGUCAUCAUCAUCUACGCCAUCAUUGGCUUGGAACUCUUCAUCGGACGUAUGCACAGGACCUGCUAUUACAUCGGGACAGGUGCUGUACAAAUGGACUGGUCACACCUGUACACCCCACGAGGUCCAGAGAGGAUUAUGAAGAUACUUUCACUCGAUAACUACGUGGAGGACGAGCCGGUGCCGUGUGCGUUCGCCGGACAUGGCCGCCAGUGCACCUUGAACGGCUCUGAGUGUCGGGGCCGGUGGGACGGUCCCAAUGGUGGAAUCACCAACUUUGAUAAUUUCUUCUUUGCCAUGUUGACGGUGUUUCAGUGCAUCACCAUGGAGGGAUGGACCGAUGUGCUGUACUGGAUGAACGACGCCAUUGGCUUUGAGCUGCCCUGGGUAUACUUUGUCAGUCUAGUGAUUUUUGGAUCCUUCUUUGUUCUGAAUCUGGUUUUGGGAGUCCUCAGUGGAGAGUUCAGUAAGGAAAGGGAGAAGGCCAAAGCCCGGGGAGACUUCCAGAAGCUCCGGGAGAAGCAGCAGAUGGAGGAGGAUCUGUGUGGAUACAUGGACUGGAUCACUCAGGCAGAAGACAUGGAUGAACUGGACGAGGACGGAAACCCACGGCCAUCCCUGGGGGAUCUGUCCGAUAAGAAGAGGAAGUUUGGCUGGUUCAGUCAUUCCAACGACACUCAUGCGAGUCUUCCAGCGAGUGAGACAGCUUCAGAGAACACCGAGAACAUCGAUGAAGAACACACCAACUGCUGCCAAGCCUGCUGUGCUUCUGUGAUGAAGAUUAGCUGCUGCCGGACGUUGCGUCGCUGGAACCGAGUCUGUCGCAGGAACUGUCGCACCGCUGUCAAAUCGGUGACGUUCUAUUGGCUGGUUCUCCUGCUGGUCUUUCUGAACACCUCACUCAGCGCCUCCGAACACUACAACCAGCCCGACUGGCUGACGCAAGUCCAGGACAUCGCCAACAAGGUGCUGCUGUCUCUCUUCACGGUGGAGAUGCUGCUGAAGAUGUACAGCUUGGGUCUGGCGCAUUACUUCGUGGCCUUCUUCAACCGCUUUGACUGCUUUGUGGUGUGUGGUGGGAUCAUCGAGACCAUUCUAGUGGAGCUGGAGAUUAUGCCUCCAUUGGGGAUCGCCGUGCUGCGCUGCGUCCGCCUGCUGCGCAUCUUCAAGGUCACACGCCAUUGGACGGCUCUGUCCAACCUGGUGGCCUCCCUGCUGAACUCCAUGAAGUCCAUUGCCUCCCUGCUGCUGCUCCUCUUCCUCUUUCUCAUCAUUUUCGCUCUGCUCGGCAUGCAGCUGUUUGGAGGAAAGUUUAACUUCGAUGAGACACAGACCAAGCGGAGCACUUUUGAUGCCUUCCCACAGGCGCUGCUCACCUGCUUCCAGAUCCUGACAGGUGAGGACUGGAAUGUGGUCAUGUACGACGGCAUCAUGGCGUACGGCGGCCCGGUGUUCCCAGGGAUGAUCGUCUGCGUGUAUUUUGUCAUCCUCUUCAUCUGUGGCAACUACAUCCUGCUGAACGUCUUCUUGGCCAUCGCCGUGGACAACCUGGCUGGAGGCGAUGGGGAUGACAAGAAGAAAGAAAAGAAGACGGAAGCUGAGGGAGAGGAGGAGGCCGAAGGAGAAGUGAAGGUGGACAUCGAUGAAGAUACAGAGUAUGAGGAGGAAGAGGAGCUUCCUGAAGGAGAAGAUGACGGAGGCGUCCAGCUGAAGAUGGCCGACCUCGCUCCUCCUAAAGAGAAAGUUCUUCCCAUCCCAGAGGGCAGCGCCUUCUUCUGUCUCGGCAAAACAAACCCGAUCCGUGUCGCCUGCCACACGCUCAUCCAUCACCACAUCUUCACCAACCUCAUCCUCGUCUUCAUCAUCCUCAGCAGCUGCUCAUUGGCUGCUGAGGAUCCAAUCAGAGCGCACUCCUUCAGGAACAACAUUCUGGGUUACGCUGACUACGCCUUCACCUCCAUCUUCACCGUGGAGAUUCUGCUGAAGAUGACGGUCCACGGCGCGUUCCUGCACCAGGGAUCCUUCUGCAGGAACUGGUUCAACCUGCUGGACCUCCUGGUCGUCAGCGUCUCGCUGGUCUCCUUCUUCCUGCACUCCAGCGCCAUCUCUGUGGUGAAGAUCCUUCGAGUCCUCCGGGUGCUGCGACCUCUCAGAGCCAUCAACAGGGCCAAAGGACUGAAGCAUGUGGUCCAGUGUGUGUUUGUGGCCAUCCGGACCAUCGGGAACAUCAUGAUCGUCACCACGCUGCUGCAGUUCAUGUUCGCCUGCAUCGGCGUCCAGCUCUUCAAGGGGAAGUUCUACCGCUGCACCGACGAGGCCAAGAGCACUCCGGAACAAUGCAAAGGAACCUUCGUCGUCUACAAGGACGGAGACGUGAGCCACCCCAUGGUCAGGGAGCGGAUCUGGCUGAACAGCGACUUCAACUUCGACAACGUCCCGAUGGGGAUGAUGGCGCUCUUCACCGUGUCCACCUUCGAGGGCUGGCCCGCACUCCUCUACAAGGCCAUCGAUGCCAACGGAGAGAACUCGGGUCCGAUCUACAACUACAGGGUGGAGAUCUCCAUCUUCUUUAUCGUCUACAUCAUCAUCAUCGCCUUCUUCAUGAUGAACAUCUUCGUGGGUUUUGUCAUCAUCACUUUCAGAGAGCAAGGAGAGCAGGAGUACAAAAACUGUGAGCUGGACAAGAACCAGCGUCAGUGCGUGGAGUACGCCCUGAAGGCUCAGCCUCUGAAACUCUACAUCCCCAAGAACCCGGUUCAGUACAAGUUCUGGUCCAUCAUCAAUUCCACGGGGUUCGAGUACGUCAUGUUCGUCCUGAUUCUGCUCAACACUGUCACACUGGCUGUGCAGCACUACGAGCAGACCAAGACCUUCAGCGACGUCAUGGACAUCCUCAACAUGGUCUUCACCGGACUCUUCACCAUAGAGAUGCUGCUGAAGCUGCUGGCCCUGCGGCUCCGGCACUACUUUGUGGACGCCUGGAACUCCUUCGAUGCUCUAAUCGUGGUCGGCAGCGUGGUGGACAUCGUGGUGACAGAGUUCAGCAGUGGCGAGGACAGCUCCAGGGUGUCCAUCACCUUCUUCCGCCUGUUCCGAGUGAUGCGGCUGGUCAAGCUCCUGAAUAAAGGGGAGGGGAUUCGCACACUGCUGUGGACAUUCAUCAAAUCACUGCAGGCGCUGCCGUAUGUCGCUUUGCUCAUCGCCAUGAUCUUCUUCAUCUACGCUGUCAUCGGCAUGCAGACGUUCGGGAAGAUCGCAAUGCAGGACUACACUCAGAUCAACAGAAACAACAACUUCCAGACGUUUCCUCAGGCCGUCCUGCUCCUCUUCAGGUGUGCCACAGGUGAAGCGUGGCAGGAGAUCAUGUUGGCCAGCCUUCCAGGGAAACGCUGCGAUCCGGAGUCGGACUACGAACCAGGAGAGGAGUUCAGCUGCGGAAGCAACUUUGCCAUCGUUUACUUCAUCAGCUUCUUCAUGCUGUGUGCUUUCCUGAUCAUCAACCUGUUUGUUGCCGUCAUCAUGGACAACUUUGACUAUCUGACGCGCGACUGGUCCAUCCUGGGGCCACAUCAUCUGGAUGAAUUCAAAAGGAUCUGGUCGGAAUACGAUCCAGAGGCCAAAGGUCGGAUCAAACAUCUGGAUGUGGUGGCGCUGCUCCGGAGGAUCCAGCCUCCUCUGGGGUUCGGCAAGCUCUGUCCGCACAGAGUGGCCUGCAAGCGCCUGGUGGCCAUGAACAUGCCUCUGAACGCCGACGGCAUGGUGACCUUCAACGCCACACUGUUCGCUCUGGUUCGCACCGCGCUCAAGAUCAAGACCGAAGGUAACCCUGAGCAGGAGAAUGAGGAGCUGAGAGCGAUCAUCAAGAAGAUCUGGAAGCGGAUGAAGCCGAAGCUGCUGGAUGAGGUCAUUCCGCCACAUGAAGAGGAGGAAGUCACCGUCGGAAAGUUUUAUGCAACUUUCCUCAUUCAGGAUUAUUUCAGGAAGUUCAGGAAGAGGAAGGAGAAAGGAAACGUGAACGGAGAAUCUGACUCUACGAAUCCGUCUGCUGUUCAGCUGUGUAAGGCGGGUCUGAAGACGCUGCAGGAUCUGGGUCCAGAGAUGCGUCUGGCUCUGAACGCAGACCUGGAGGACGAAGAGGAGGCGCUGAUGGACGGCGAAGAUCUGGAGAACGCUGCCUACAAGGCCGAAAACGGAUUUGGACCGGAGACCCGACGAGGCUCCAUACUGACACCUACUGGCGAUGGCGGCGUCUCCAACGGCGGUCUCAUCCACCGAGUCGGGUCGCUCAGCAAGAUGGCAAAUGGAAACGAACAUGACGAGCAUCUUCGUCGUGGAGACAGCGUGAGGUCAUCAGCGAGUCAUCUGCGCCGGGCGUCCGUGAAGAACAGCCUGACAGACUCCGCCCACAAGAGACCGUCAUACUACAAAUAUGGACGGAGAGACUCCAGGGACAGAACCUGGAGGAACGGAGACGUGGAUGUCUACGGAGAGCAGGGUUACUACAGCCGAGAGGAGGACAACGAGAGCAUCACCUCCAGAGACAGACAUUACCCCGACGACUCGUCGCUGUACAGAGACCACCGCGACGGCCACGCCCCCUACAGCAACGGUAGCUAUGGCGACAGUUACAGCGAGGGCAGGAGGACGACUCGCAGACGCCUACUUCCUGCCACACCCACAGGCCGGAAACCGUCCUUCAACAUCCAGUGUCUGAGGCGGCAGGGCAGCAGCGACGACCUGCCGAUUCCCGGGACGUACCACCCGACAUCACCACCGCGCCGCGUGCGACCUCAGGCUUUCGGCAGCUACGACUCCCACCGUUCCUCCGCCCGCUCCGCUGCCGUGUCCACGGCGUCCUGGGCCAAGCCAUGCCCCCGCCGCGGGCGGCUCCUCUACGCGCCGCUCAUCCUGGUGGAGGAGGAGGGCAGCCCGCCCUGGGGGGGUGAGGGCAAGAACGGAGGGGCAGCAAGAGGAGCAGCAGAUGAACCGCCCUGGUUCAGUGGACCAGCCGGGAGCUCAGCUCCGCCCCCGUACCGGGCCUACACCACCCUCCGGGUUCCCUCGCAGCUCGGCGCUCCGUUCGCUGAGAAACGGGGAUCGGCCGACAGCCUGGUGGAGGCGGUUCUGAUCUCGGAGGGACUCGGCCUCUACGCUCGAGACCCCAAGUUUGUUGCGUUUGCUAAGAGAGAGAUCGCAGACGCGUGUCACAUGACGGUGGACGAGAUGGAGUCGGCGGCCAGCGACCUGCUGAGCUCCGGGAGCCACGACUUCCUGAACGCCAUCGGCGACGAUCCGGCGGCGCUCUACAGCGACGAGGAGCCAAUCAGGACGAGCCGCGAGGAGGAGGAGCUGGCUGACGAGAUGGCCUGCGUGACGUCAUUCUGAGGAUCCACCAAUCAGAGGAGAGGGAGGCGGGGCCUGGACUGCCGGCCAAUAGGAGCGGUUCGCUUUACAGGAGAGAAACGUGGAGGAAGUUAAAAUGUGAUUGUGGAAAAAAGGAAAAUGGAUCAGAACCAUAACCUGGUCGGGUUCAGCGUCUUGUGACCCGGUUCUGAUGAUGGUUCUGAUGGUAUGACGGUCCAAAUGGGACCAGGUUUAAUCACUGCUGACACUAAAGGUUCUGCCCUCGUUAGACCCGUUACCAUGGAGAUUGAGAUUGAGAUGAGAGGCUCGUUGAGACUUCUCCAGAUGUGAACUGUGGCUCUACGGCAGAGUUAGUCGUCUUGUGAUCGGAAGGUUGUCGGUUCGAUUCCAGCUUCCUCCUGCCACUCGAUGUGCCUCUGGGCAAGGCACUUAACCCCAAACUGCCUACUGGUGUGUGUGUGUGUGUGUGUGUGUGUGUGUGUGUGUGUGUGUGAAUGUGACUCUAGUGUAAAGAGCUUUGAGUCAAAAUGACUGGACAGGUUCUAUAUAAGUUCAGUCCAUUUGCACCAGAAUCUAACUUGGGUUAAAUUCCGAUAAUCUCUAUUAAACUGCAGUAUGUUCUGGUUCUGGUCGGAUUGGAUUUCUGGGCUUAAGGCAGGAGGACAGAUUAAGAUUAAAAAUGUUUUUUUUUACAUUUUUUAAUGUGUAAAAAUGUAUUUCUGUUCAUUUAUUGAAGCUGGAAAAUAAAAACAGAUAAAGGAAAGUAACACGCUGAAAAUAUUAAACGUAUUUUUACCUCAAUCUGAUUUUAUAGCUCAUAAAAAGACAGAAUAUUUUCUAAUAGUUUCUCCAGUUUAUCCGACCAGAACUGGACGCAUUUAGAUUUUAGGAGGCGAUUCGAUUCGUUUGAAAGGUGUUGAGUUUUCCUCCACCGGGCGCCAUCGACCUCCAGAGCUAUGACAUCAUCAGGUGACGAGGACAGAGUGUCUGUGAGCUGAUGAUGAAGAGGAAGACGAUGAUGUCAGCGGUUUGUGGCGUCAGAAGAACUGAGAUCAUUCAGUCUCUCUCCCUGCAGGUCCGGCUCGUUUUUCUACUUGUGGUGUUUUUUAUGCUGAUGACCGACUCAUGUUGUUCUUGUUGUGGCGUUUUUUUCUCGUCCGACCCGUUGGACUUUUCCCCAGAACUCUUUAAGGGCUUUAGUUUCCUGCUCAGACGUCCAGGAGCUGCUCUGCCUGAAUCUGAUUUCCUUCCAAUAAAGAUCCAGAUCAGGCUCUC